UGCAUGGCAAACCGCUAGAGUUGUGUACAGGCUGACUUAGCCACUUGUCUGGGAAAAUGACCAUGGAUAUGACUUUCCUGGGGACCGGUUCGGCCUACCCGUCCCCUCACCGCGGGGCCACAGCUCUGGUGCUGAGGACAGACAGGGAUUGUUGGCUGUUUGACUGCGGGGAGGGAACUCAGACCCAACUAAUGAAGAGUCAACUCCGAGCAGGACGAAUUACCAAGGUUUUUAUCUCCCACUUGCAUGGAGAUCACCUGUUCGGCCUGCCUGGUCUCCUCUGCACUGUAAGCCUCAACACCAACCCAGACCCUCAGCAGAACCUAAACUGUGUGGAGAUCUAUGGGCCCCGGGGCCUUCGGCACUUUCUACGAGUGACACUUGGCCUCACAGGGUCACAGCUGCUUUUCCCUUAUGUAGUUCAUGAGCUGGAGCCCACAGCAGACCAGAGUCCAGAAGAGGGACAGCUCAGACAGGAGGUGACAGCAGACCACGGCCCUUUGCACCCACAGGAGCAACCAGGCAGGACUAUCUCUCUGGAUGUCUCCAGCGACUCUUACCUCCUCUUUGAGGACAAGAAGUUUGUCGUGAAGGCCUUCAGGUUGUUUCACCGCAUCCCAUCGUUUGGUUUCUGCAUCCAAGAGCAAGAUCGACCUGGAAGACUGAAAACUGAAGUGCUAAAGGAACUAGGUCCAUCUGAGCAUUCAUCAAAGGCUCUACAUAUUCUGGUAGAUACAUUAGCAUGUGGAGAACCGACUGCAUGUUUGAAGCCAGGGCCUCUGUAUGGACGUCUGAAGGCAGGCGAGUCUGUAACCCUGGAGAACGGCCGUGUCGUUGAACCCGCUGAGGUUCUGGAAGAAACCAUCAAUGGGAGAAAAGUCUGUAUUUUAGGAGACUGUAGCUCAGUUCUUGGAGAAGGACCGCUGAGUUUAUGUAGAGGAGCGGACGUUCUGGUCCACGAGGCCACACUGGGGAACAAACACAAAGAAAAGGCAGUGGACCAUGGACACAGUACGCCUGAGAUGGCAGCAGCGGUGGCUCGGGCUUGUUGUGUGAGGAGGCUGGUGUUGUAUCACUUCAGUCAGAGGUACAAACCGAGUUCCCUGCACAAGGAAGGGGAUGAGGACGACAUCUCUGAACUUAAGAGACAGGCUGAAGAAGCUCUACAGGACAGCGGUGUGGAAGUGACUCUGGCUGAGGACUUUCUGAGUCUGCCCAUUCCUCUCAGAAGAUGAUAGAAAUGAUGCAUGGGUUUAGUGUUUCUCCAUGUUUGCUGCUCUACUUGGUGCUCAUUGAACAGUGUUCAUGCUGAAAAUGGUUUAAUCUUGCGAUGUAUUACUUUAUUAUACGAAACAAGCAAAUUUGUUUUGCUUUGGACCUUCUUCAUCAUUGUAUGUUGUUUGCGCUCAUGUAAGGCGGCCUACAUAUGUAUAAAUGAGUCAUAAUUAUGAAAACUUCUGAAGCAGGUCAUCCAUGUUGAACCUGAAAACAGACUUAGCCCGUUCUCCUCUUUCUCGCUCUUUCUGGCUUUCCACGAUAUCACACAGCUGCUAAAAGUGCCCAGUAUUUCAAAGGCUUUAUCAGGAUAUGGCUGAUCUUGGUUUGGGAAUAUACUUUUAAUGAUCCAGAAUCAGGAAACAAAAGUUUUUUGAAAAACUGGAAAUGAGGAACCUUAUCCUGGUCAUGAAUAUUAAGGGAUACUACUUCUUUGAGUGGUUGUUCGGACAGUGCAUUAUCAUGGAUUAACAAUCCAUUUUGGGCAUUCAGCUACCAGUUUGACUGCAUUUAAGUAUGUGUCAUGCAUCCACACCAUGCAUCAAAAAUGCAACUACAGCGUGACCUGAUGUUGGAACUCACUCACUCACCUCCAGUGCAAACAACACCGACUGGUUUGUGUCACAGACCGCCCCAUCAACUGACAUGAUCUGCUGGAUUUUGCUAGUAAACAAAAAGCAUUGCUUUAUUUAUAUCAGUGCAGCCUUGUUUGCAGUGAUGGGAACUGCACCCUUUAUUAGAAAUCAAGAUUAUUUGGCUCAGCUCUGUAGUUCAAUCAGGAAAGACUCAAUAUCAGUUUAGCACAGAUUUAUUUUACAAGUUUGGAAAUGUUUAAAACUAUCAAAUACCUUGGGUGACUCAAUCGUGAUGUUUUUAUGAACUUGAAAGUGGGUAGUGAGGCCAACAGCAGAAUGGGAUACCCCCUAUAUGAAGUCUAGAAGUCUAGGUGUUGGUGGUGAGAGUAGGUGGAUGUGAAGAUAAGGAGGGACUUCUGAGGAGCUUGACCUGGACACCGAUGAGAUGACUUGGGAGUAGCAAUGAAGGGAUGCAGGAUGCCUGGAGGAGCUGGACCUGAGCACCGUUGAGAUGUAAUGGAGGUGGCUGAGGUGGAGGAAGGUUGCAGCCGUUGCACUGAAACUACUGACUGCAGAGGAAUGGAGGAAUGGAUUUUAAAAAAACGACAGCAGCAGGAUGAUUGGACAAUGAAAGGUCUUGGCAGAAAGGGAUUGGCUCAGAGUUGAAGUGAGUAGACGCCCAUACUAGCUAAUUACAAGAGCAGGGAGACACAUGAGUGAGUGAUUGUUCAUGAAAGGAAAUGAGCAGUCUUCAGCUUGAACUCCUUUGUAACUUGUGUUGAGUAGUCACUUCAUUCCAACCAGUUUUUAUCACAUAAUUUUGCCUUUUUGUCUCAUAAUUGUGACUCCUUCUAUCUAGGGCUGAAUGAUUUGGGGAAAAAAUUUGCAUUUCUUUCCCCCAGCAAUGUGAUUGCAAUUUAAUAUGCAUUUUUUAAGUUCGUCUCUGAUUUGUUUUUCAACAAACACUAGCAAUAAAUUAUUCUCUAUCAUAGCCAACAUAAUUUUAGAAAGAUUAAACAAAGGCUGAAUGAGUUUACGGGAAGAAAUAUCUGUUUGGGAUUAUUUCGACUCUUGUUGCAAAUUUGAUAUGAAUUGUUGGACUGAAGGGAAUUGUCCUUCUUAUGUCAUUCUUAUGUUUAGUAGUAAAACAUAGACCAAAAUAAGGAAAGUAGUAUUUUCUCAUACUGUUUCAGAAAAAAAAUGAAACUUGAAUGUUUGUAUGUGUAACACAUAAAAUCUCUGCUGCCUAAAAAAGUGUCAAACUGGUGUUCUGACACACAACUCAGCUUCUUUGAUUUCAAUAUCGAAGAAGCCCAGAUUACAAUUUAAGCUAAAUUUUGAUUAAUUCCUUUAUUAAUUAUGAUAGAAGCCUUAUUUCUAUCAUGAUUUUCACUUUUUAAUUCUUAACUGUGAUAUUUUUCCUUUUUUAAAUGCACCUUGUGUAAAAUUUGUGUUGGUGUAUUAGGGACAUCUCUGUCAGAUUGCAACAUUCACUUCUGGUCAUAACCUUGUCACAGGGUAUAUGCAGGAGUCUUGAAGUUAAUUUUAAUACCUUUUUAAGACUUUUUCAAGACCUUCUCAAUUUUUUAAUACCUCACCGCCACUUCAAGCUGUAACCAUUUACAUAAGUGAUAUAGCUCGCUCUUGCGCUCUCAGAGACAAUUUACUAACGUACCCACAAUAGCCUAGUUUUUUUAUGUACCUGUUCAUCUUUUGUUUUUUAAUGAAACACACUUUUACGAUGUUUCUGGGACUCAAACUCUUGGACAGCUAAUUCAGAAAAAAUGCUUUCAAAAUUUAAGACUUUAUAAAGUCAUGGUAAGACUUUUUAAUACUUUUUAAGGGUCUUAAUUUUCCCAAAAUUGAUUGAUCACCUUUUAAUACUUUUCAAGACCCCGCGGAUACCCUGAGUCAACCAGUACAACUAAAAAAAUGCCUAACUAUUAUUUGGUCCCUUCUUUGGUGCUGUUGAAACAUGGUGGUGCAAGAUGGCAGAGUCUAUGGAGGGGGACCCACCCUCAUUUAUUCAGCUGAUUAAACUCUUAAUUUAAACAAACUUUUAAAUAUGGUACUAAAUAUACACACUGUACCUGUACCUUGUGUGCAGUGUAUGCUGUUACUCAUUGCUCAAUUUGGGUCAGCCAGUGCAGUUUUUGCUCAAGCUUUUACUGUAAAAGAUGGAUUGAUGUAUUAAAAGAAAUAGGACCAGUCUUAUGAAAAUGCUGGAGCUUUGUUGAUCCCAGUCCUUUACUGCAUCAGAUGCUUUCAAAUUUUCUUUUAAUUUCAAUUAACUAAUCACAGUGGUGAAAAAUGUAAUUAAAAGAUGUAUGCUGACUAAUCUGGUGCCAUCGCACAACCGGCUAAAGUAGCUUUGUAACUUUGAUUGGAAGAGGUGUAAAAAUUCUCUGUGCGCUUGAUGUUUAUCAUUUAAAGGAUAAAAUCCAUAUUCUACAGAUUAAUACCAUCCUACAUUGACUAGUACGUGGACAUUCUGUCCUUGGUCUUCUCUUGUUUCAAAAGCUAGUAGAAAGUUUUGAUGCCAUUCAUUCACAUGAAUCCCUGAAUGGCCUCACGUUUUCUUUGUGACAAAAUAAAGAUGCGCUCAUGUCUGAACCUUUUCCAGCUUUAUUUCUGGAUCUGUACACAAGGUAUUAAAGUACAACAGAAAAUACAAAAUAAUGUUUAACAAAAGAAAAAAAAACAACUCAAUGCUUAUGUACAAUUUAUAUAAACAAUAAAGAUAGCUUCUUGAACAUUUCUCAUAGUGAAGUUUUUGAUUGUCUAUAUUUCUGGAUAUACAUUUUUACGUUUUGUAGGUUUUUAUUUUACAAAGGUGUUCUUGUUUUCAUCAAAGGACUUGAGUUUUUUUCUGUUUUCAAAACCACAACUGCUAUAACUUUUUCCUUUUUAAACUUCAAAACACAAUACAAAAUAUAAAAUAAAUUUGUUUAGUGCUUCCUUGCACACACAAGUCUCAUACCAGAGAGAUCAAUAAAAUAUCACAUUUUUCGAGAGUUCACAGGGUGGUGAAAAACCUACGUCUACUACUUAAUGGCCUUUACAUUCUGACAGUUUUUCUGAGUCUUUGUACAAACCACAGGUGAAAUAAAUAUCACUGCACUGCUAAAGCUAGAAGAGCUCGGAGGACCUACUGCAUUAUGCACAUUGCAUUAAAAGAGAAACUAGCUCUCCACAUACUCAGAGCAGCAGCCAUCCCUUUACCAUCAAGACAAAUAUAGACGACAAACAUGGAAAAAGAUUUUUAUCAGGAAAGAAACAUGAGCGUCUUUUACACAUGGCUGCAAGUUGUGAACGCAAGAUUGCAACACUGAGUUAAUAUCAAUACGUCUUUAGGUAAAGCCGUUUAUCAGUGGUACACUCGAGAAACAGACCCGGCUGGCAUGCGUGGUUUCAGCCGAGUCGGGGGGAUUGUGACUUUCCAAAGAGAGAAAAAUAAUUCAAACACCAAGUCAACUGGUAAAAUUCAAAACCCAAAAUAUCUGUACAUAUCUACAAAUUAUUGCCUUUAGACAAGGAAUCAAAUUAAAACCUUUGUAUGAACACAGAUUCACAAGUGUAAGAGGUCAGUUAAUAGACUUUUUAAAGGCUAUUUGCUAAUUAUUUACAUGAAAAGCAGAAGUGAACAUCAUCUCUAACGCUGAGCGUGGAAACUGAAGAACCUGAUCAAACUUAAUGAUGAUUUAUAGGCAUGACUCCCAUCUGUACACAUUAAAUGGUCAACUACUAAACCUAUGGACAUGACAAAUAUGAUGCACCCCUGAAACAAACUAAUUAUUCAUAGCACAAUGCAUAGAUAAAUUAAGUAAACACUACUACUGCAUCCAAUCAACCAACAAUGGCCCGCUUUACAUUUUACAAUUCACAAAGAUGGACUUCAGUCAAAAGAGAAAUCGCUCCAUUUCUGCUACGAAAACCCCAACAAAAACUAUGGACCACAAAGUGCCCCCCCAUUCAUGUCAGGCAGAGGUUGAAUACAAAGAGAAAGACGUAAUACUGCUAGAAAGGUUUACCCAAGCUUGCUAAGUGGUCAAAAAUGGCAAAAAAGUUAAUUUAGGAGCAUAAUUUCCUUUUUUUUUUUUUUUCUUAAA